GCGAGGGUCUGGAGCUGCCCGGAAGCCGAGGGAGCCAGCGCCGGCGGCAGCAGCGCCCGCCGCCCUCCGCCGGGAUGCGCCCCGCUCUCCGCUGAGGCGCAGCCCCGCCGCGAUGCUCUCCCCCGAGCGCCACCGCCACCACCGCCACCCGCCGCCGCCGCAGCCGCUGCCGCCGCCGCACCACCCGCCGCAGCCCAGCCAUGUCGUGGCCACCAUCGAGAACCUGCCGGCGGAGGGCGGCAGUGGCGGCGGCAGGAGCGGCAUCUCCGCGCCCUCCUCCAGCGUGCGCCAGAGGAUCAGGAAAGUGCUGAACAGGGAUCUCCUGCUGUCUGUGGCACUUGGCCAGGUGCUCUCCCUCCUUAUCUGUGGCAUUGGUCUCACAAGCAAGUAUCUGUCAGAAGACUUCCAUGCCAACACACCUGUUUUUCAGAGCUUCCUCAAUUACAUCCUUCUGUUCUUGGUCUACACAACAACGCUAGCUGUCAGACAAGGAGAAGAAAACUUGCUGGCAAUUUUGAAGAGGAGAUGGUGGAAGUACAUGAUCCUGGGGAUAAUAGAUAUAGAAGCCAACUACCUGGUAGUCAAAGCUUAUCAAUACACAACUCUUACCAGUGUACAGCUCCUAGACUGUUUCGUCAUCCCAGUGGUGAUACUUCUCUCCUGGUUCUUCUUACUGGUACGAUACAAGGCAGUUCAUUUCAUUGGGAUUGUGGUCUGCAUUCUGGGCAUGGGCUGCAUGGCAGGAGCAGAUGUCCUCGUUGGGAGACAGCAAGGAGCAGGUGAAAAUAAACUGAUAGGGGACCUCUUAGUACUUGGUGGAGCAACACUGUACGGGAUCUCAAACGUCUGUGAAGAGUACAUCGUCCGAAAUCUGAGUCGAGUGGAAUUCCUGGGCAUGAUUGGACUCUUUGGCUCCUUCUUCAGUGGAAUUCAGCUUGCAAUCAUGGAACACAAAGAGCUGUUGAAAGUCCCCUGGGAUUGGCAAAUAGGCUUGCUGUACGUUGGCUUUAGUGCCUGUAUGUUUGGUCUCUACAGCUUUAUGCCAGUGGUCAUAAAGAAAACCAGCGCUACUGCCGUCAACCUCUCCCUGCUCACAGCUGACCUGUACAGCCUCUUUUGUGGAUUAUUCCUAUUCCACUACAAGUUUUCAGGACUUUACUUGUUGUCAUUCUUCACGAUCCUUGUUGGGCUGAUGCUCUACUCCUCCACAUCCACCUACGUAGCCCAGGAUCCUCGGGUGUACAAGCAGUUCCGAAACCCCUCUGGACCUGUUGUAGACCUGCCAGCCACCAGCCAGAUGGAGCCUUCGGUGACAUACACCAGCCUGGGGCAGGAGACAGAAGAGGAGCCUCACGUUAGGGUUGCUUAAACCCAGGGCUGUUCAUCACCUAUUGACAGUGGAGCUCAUAUAUCCAUUAUCUCUGUAUUGUACAUAGAGAAAGGUAUUUACCAGGUGCAGUUACACUGGUGAGCUGCAAGGUAGCAAAUAAGGAAAGCUCAUACAAACACAAAUUAAUUGUUCCAGGAUGUUCCUUGCAAGGAGAUGCCAGUCCCUCAUUUAUGAAAUGAGCAGCAUGUUUGCAACAAACUGCUGUAUAGGAAUCAGUUAAUGUAGCAUUACCUGUGAAAGAUAUUCAAUGGGUAAGAUGAAAUUACAAAAAAAGGAAUUCAUAGAAGGGUGUUUUACACAUGCAGAGUGAUAUUAUGCCUAAGCCACACCAGUUGUGGUAAAAACGCCUUUUUACAGCAAAUACACUUUAUGCAGUCACUGUUAAUUUCUCUCUAAAAUUUGUUUGUGCAAAACAGAUGGGUUAGUCGUGGUGACAACACCCUGACACAUUUUUGCUAGCACCUUGGAUUUGGUGAGGGAAAUACAAUGAGUUCUUCUGUGCUAUCUGUCUAGUUGCCCUUUCUAGGUUAUCUGAUCCAUGAAUCCAGAGAAGGGACAACUUAGAAAAUCUGUCUCUAUUCUAGGAAUAGGUAUAAGGUGAGAAUUUUAGCCUUUCUAUAUUUGCAGAAGUGAAGUACUCAAGCAUUGACCUCUCUAUGAUCCAUGGCAGAUUUCCUAGUGGCCAAGGUUCUGCAUCAGGUGACAGGGAGUCGAUUUCACUGUAGUCGAGACUCAACACAGAUUUCUUACUUUUAAAGUUUUAACCUGUAGAAAGAAAAAUACAUUUUCUAGUUUCCUAUGUAUUGUACCUCUCCACGGAAAGAUGACAUAUCAUGUGGAUCAGGGCACUUAUUUUUUUAGAUACUCAGUGCAUUGAGGGUGCCUUCUGCUCUUCCAGUUUGCUUAGUCUCUCGUGGUUCAUUAUUCUAACAAUAGCUAGUUAGAGAUCUGUCAGUUUUUCACCAAAACCCAUAGAUUGUAAAAAUCAGGAAGAUUAAGGAAGGAAUUCACAAGCAGAAAGACUGGACCAUCUGCUGGUAGCAGUAGCAUCUUGCCGCAGUAGCACAAAGGCAUUUCACUGGCAGGGUGCAGCCAAUUAUUUUUCAUUAACUGUGAAGCAAGCAGAAAAAUUCAGCAGUUUUCUUGCAUUCCUGGGAACAUGUGAAAAUAGUAAGGGUGUGCUCCACACUUCUGUAUACUACUGUACAUCUGCCUCAGGAGUCUUACCAGAAUUGAGAAAAUCUUAGUCGCCACCAUGAAAAAUCCAUCUUUGCCUGUAUGUUUGCUCUUCUGAGAGCCCAAUACAAGGAAAUCAUUAUUUCAGUAUCCUUUAUCUUAUUGUAAUUUAAAAUUAAGGAAGAUGAGAUGUUCCUGUGUCUAACAGUAGGUGAGGAAUCGAGGAGAGAUCUUGGUUUUAUUCACCAAUCAUGCCACAUCUUUACAUGAAUCCUUGGGCAUAACUUACCUUCUGUGUGGCUGAGUUUUCCAAUCACUAUAUAUGGAAAUAAUGACAUUUUACCUACCUCACAGAGGUGCUAUGGGACCAAGUUAUUUUAAAAUGCUUCAGGAUCUUCAGAAAGAAGGAGUUUAAGAAGCACAUAACAGUGCUGUAAAAGUGUGUAUACAUUCAUCAUAUUUGAAAAUGGAGUUUAUGGCAUGGUUGAUGAAUAUUUUGCUUGUGGGCAUAGAAGGUGAAUUUGAUUUGAAUGUUAUUCUUCUGAAAAAGACUGUUUCAAGCAAAAAUGUAGUCCUUCAUGUUUGAAAAAUACAAUUUACCUAUUUCUAUAUAAAAAAGAAGAAAAAAGUCAAUCUAUACAUUGGAGAUUAGAAAGGUCACACAGUUCAACCAAGCAGGAUGAAUUUCUGCUGAGGUAACAUUCAUUUUUUAUAGUCCUGUUCUGCUUUAAUACAGAAGGAACUUCCCUGAAGCAGACUGAGAGAAGUUUAUAUAUGCAUAACAGACAUGAAAUGGCAAAUGUCAAAAUGCUCUUGAACAGCAGAAGUAUGCUGUAUCUUAUUCUUACUGUGGAGAAGAGGUGAUUUCUUUCCCACUGUCUUUAGGCUGUCUGCCACAACCCUGCUGUACCUAAGGGAAGGUUCUGCAGUAUUGGCAAAUCAUGCCCAAAACUAGCCCAAAAGUUUUGGUUAAGAUGCCUUGGUGCUAAACUAACAAAUGUAUGAUUUUUUUCCCUGCUGUUUUUUUUUCCCCUUCUGUUUUUUAAAUCUUUUUAGCACUAAUGUUUCCAAACUUUUUUUUUCUUAAACUAUUGAGGAUUAAAAAAACCACAAAGAAACCACCACUAGAUUCCCACAGAAAAACAGAGUCUAUAUUCUGGGGAUAUUAAGGAAAGUCUAAAUCAAAAAAAAAAAAAAAAAAAAAAAAAAAAAAAAAAAAAAAAAAAAAAACAAAAAAAAAAAAAACAACCACACAAGAAAGAUUACCUAACACUUCAGGGUAAGAUCCUUGGGUCAAGCCCUUCGAGAGCUUUGACUUAAGGUGAAUUUCAUACAUUCCCCAGGAGAAGGGGUCUGAUUACAAUCAUGGCUCCCUCAGGUACCCAGAGGCACACUGGUGGGCACCUGUCAUCUGUCUUUUUUGCUACCUUUUGUACCAAUUAAAUACCUUUCUCUCAACAUUAGUCCCCGUGUUGGUCUGAGAACCUUGAGGAUCGUGUGCGUGUGUGUUUCAUGUUUACAGUUCCUUCCUUUUGCAUAACUGUUUUGAUUAAUUUCCUUAUUAGUAUUUAUUUUUAAGCCAAAUGUUUGUAGUCCUUCGGCCUCCCCCUCCUCAUUUUUCUGACACUAACUUGUAGAUGUUUGUUAGAGUCUUCUGCGAAACAGCUGGGCAGGAGGCAGCUCCCGGCCAGGUCACGGGGCUGGGAGUUUCUCCUGACAAGGGGCUGCGAUCCAUGGGUAGCUGAGAGGUGCCACCAGGCGAUUCUAAAAGGCUCUGUUUUACAGCAGUAAGUUACGAAUGUUUCAGCGAGUGUUCCAUGACCAGCCACCAUCCCCUGUGCUUCUCAUGCAGGAGGAGCUGGGUGCGCAAAGCAGGGCCGCUUCGCUGUCUGUGUUUCCCCAUAAACAAGGCGGAUGCUCGGAUUAAUGCCAGUGCGCUAGUCCCGGGUGGAUCUCAAAGGAAAGCAGUAGUAUGUCCUUACAAAUAACUGCGCUGACUGAAAAACUGAGGUUCAGUGGAGGAAAUCUUUCCUUCUGCCCACUUGUGUUCUGCAGUCAGAGCCCUCAGUGCGCACCAGCAAAGGCUCAGCUACCUACGGCAGCUACUCUCCGUGUUGCGCAGGACGUCUCCAGCUCCGCACAGCUCCUUGCCUGAACAAACUGAAACCCUCUGAUACUGCUGGCCCUGGGCAGCCCUUAGCAAGACUGAUGUCAUUUUCUGAUACCGGAUGAAAACCCUCACUGGGAGACAGACCUGGUCUUUGUUCCAGCUAUAAAGUUUUGAAACACACAACGAUAGACCAAGCAAUUGAAAAUUUUGCACCACUGUGUCAUAAGAAGAAGUUUCAAUGUAUAGUGUAGAGAUUGCUAACUUGUGCUAUUAACAUUUUGACAAGCGUGUAGUAGCGUUUCCUUUCCUUUUUUUUUUUUUUUUUUUUUAAAACCAUUUAGUAUUCCUGAGCUAGCUACAAAUAUAAAUUUUACCCCAUGGGUAGGAUUUUAUUGUUAAAUGCCAUAAUAAAGCACACUAAUAUUGACACCGCAGAUGGAAAUAUGAACCAAAACCAAAACCAGGCAAACAAAAUCCCAACCCCAAAUCCUGCAUUGAGAAGCUGAAUAAAUCUUUCUCCAUUUUGAUAUUUGCAUGCACCUAUAUGGACUGGCUGUGGCAAUGUAAUGCCUGUAUAAUGUUUUCAAGUAAAAAAAUAAAUGCUUUAUGAAAGCGGG